AUGCCAACAAACCCUAACCCCAACCUGAGCGCAGCCUCAUCCACCUCUCCGCCCAUCUCGCCGCCAACCACAGCCGCCACCUCCUCCAUGCGCCACCCCGCAGCUGCUCCGGGCAUCAUAACCACCACCAGCGCUUCCUCCAACCGCACCAUCUGCCUCGACACGGGCGCGCCAUCCAUCAACGCCACGCCCGUGGAGAUUGACGGCGAGCCGACGAGUCCGGCAGACCAGGCGGCGAAGCUGGGUGGCCGGGAUAGAGCUUGGCCUGGUGCGCUGGGCGGUGCAGCCGGCGCGAGCACCGCACGUGGUUUGCCGGGCAGAAAGGCGAGUUUUAGCCCGGACCCGUUGGCAGAAGAGGAGAGCAUGCUGGAGGAAUUCGGGCUGGAUGGCGGUAGGCGCGUUGCGGGGUUACUGGAGAAGCGCGCGGCUCUGCUCAAUGAGCGCAAAAGCAAUCCUGCGGUCCUGGUCGACAUUCCGCAGGUCCCGUCUGUCGAGGAGUUUGCUGCUGCCAAUGCAGCGGGUGCAGAUUGA